AUGACCGUAACUCCCCUUAAUAUCUCACUGGCUCAGAACGUCUCAACUGACCCAUUCACAUUCACCGGCAUUGGCCGUCUACUUGACAAUGACCUUGCAUGGUCGUCCCAAACUCCCAUGUCACCGCCCCAGACCCCACAACGCCAAAUAGUGACCGCUACCAGCUUCAAGUUCCCCAUGACGCCCAUUUCACCAGUUCCGGGUGUCUUCAGUCUGAGAGAAUGUCUUCCCCCGACAAGCGAACCGGCCUUCCCUCCCGCAGAGGUGGCAACACUCCUGAAAUCCAAGUCGUUUGCUGUCAAGGACGGCACAUUCAACCCAAUCGAGUUACAGACCGUCAAAGACUACAUCGAGCACUGUGGCGGAUGGGUUCGCGUCAGAAAGUCGCCCAAGUACGACACCACCGAUGACUUCUACCUCAUCCCUCACGAGUCCCAUCCUCGUCCCAUGGCAUGGGCUCACAUGAAUGCCGUCACCCCCGAAUGGGGGAAGACGCAGUCCAAAAGAGAAUUUGGCCCGCAUCCUCGCCCGAAAGUGGACUGGACCAACUCUUGCCUCAACUUCAACUGGAAGCGCAGUGAGGUGUUUGAGGAUGUGGUGACCAGUAUGCACGAGUACUCCUUCGAACUCGCCACCCACUCAAUGAAGAAUGUGCUCAAUGGGCCCGACUUGGAUGGAUUCGACUGCUGGUGGUUCCGCAACUAUCCCGAUCGUCCGACUGUCGCAGGAUUUCUGACGUUGUUCGCCAACGAGCUCCGGGAGCGCGUCGAGUGGUUCUCCCAUCAACCUUCUCCUAAACAGUACCUGACCGCUGCGGCGAGGAUGCUCCUGGUUAAGCAAGCGCUGGACAGGUACGACUGGCAUGCUCCAGGGGUCAGCCGCAAAUCUUUCUACAGCUUUUGCAACGCGCAGUAUCCUAUGCUGGGGGAUAUCCAGAGGUACUGCAAGCAGCAUGUAGCCGAGCUCCGCGAGUACAGUCCGGGGUUCAAGACGCAUGCCGUGCGCAACCAUGACCCGACCGACUUCUUGGACCGCCUAAUUCAGGAGGUUCGCAGGUUUGAUUGGGUCGACAACCCCCACAAUGAAGCGGUUCAUUGA